AUGUCGCUGAAGCAGAGGGUCAAUAAUCUCCUCGCCGUGGGGGGUGAUAUUGCAAUUCCAGUUCUUGCCACCAUAAAUUCUGCGUCAGGCGUGUUCCCUCCCCUACAGGCGGCCACCAAUGCUGCACUCUUCAUCCUCACUGAAAUCAAAAAGUUCAGGGGAAAUAAGGAAGAAUGGGAGCGUCUUGGAAAAUAUAUUGGGGACGCCGUGAUGAAUGUGGUUAAAGCCAUCGAUUCGUAUGAUGGAUCUAACGAACAGCCUAAGCCAUGGAUGGAAGGCGUCAAGAAGCUGAGCGAGGUGCUGGAGCGCAUUCGAAUUGAAAUCGGUCGAUUGCGUGGGAAGAUGGAAAGGCAGUCUGGUAUCCGCAACCUCUUCUCUCAUAUGAAGAACCCUAGUAGGAUCGAUAAUUUAAAGAAAGAUUUUAGCGAAGCGUUGGCAAUGUUCCAGCUGCAGACAAACUUGACAGUCGGCACAAUAGCAAACAAUCAAGAUCGAUUGACUCGUGGAGUAGAAGAUUCCUCAAUUCUGAAUGAACUCAAAUAUCCCAUUGUCGCCCAUCACGAUUCAACCCAGCCGUGCCUGAAAGACACUAGGAUUGAUCUGAUUGAGCGUAUCAUGGCGUGGUGUCGUACCACGGAGGAUAACAAGAAUCGUGUAUUACUGCUAACGGCCGUGGCCGGUGCCGGCAAGACAUCUGUUGCGCUCUCAAUCGCAGAGGAGUGUAAAAGAGAAAGGAUAUCAUUGUCAAGCUUCUUUUUCAAAGCAGGCGAGCAGUCGCGGCCGGACCAUCUGUUUAGCGGCAUGGCUCGAUCUCUGGCAACCCACGACCCUGCAUACCGCGCCUCGCUCAUUUCGACUCUUCAGGAGGACCCAGCCCUCUCGGCUGCCCCGUUCGCGAUGCAAUUCGAGAAACUAGUUUCUGAACCUCUCCGCCUCAGGACAUCUUCGUCUGACCGUCCUAUGGUGAUCAUCAUUGAUGCGUUAGAUGAGUGCGACACAGAGGCAUUCCCACGUCUUGCCGACAUACUUCGAAAUGGAGUGCUAAAACUACCGCCCAACAUAAAAUUCUUUGUCACUUCCAGGCACUUUGACCUUGUCGACCGUUUUCUAUCGCUUAAUUACCCCAUCAAUCGCCUCACCAUCAAUCUUUCCGACGAUACUAACAUGCAUGACUGUGCUAUCUACAUUCGAUCGCAACUGCGUGCACUGAAGGAUGUACAUGAUGAUUUGAAGAUCGGACUGGGGGAGGAAGAUGAAUUGGUCCAAUCCAUAUUAGAGCGAGCAGGUGGCUUGUUCAUUUGGAUCAGUACUGUGUUUGGCUACAUGAAGGUCACCGGUGGAGAUGCCGCGAAGAUGCUAAAGAAGUUGCUCGAUGAUGAUCCCAGCCGAUCAAAGACCUCUGCAGAAGAAAAACUGGAUAGGCUGUAUGCGAGCAUUCUGGAGAAGUGUAACUGGACGAACGACGAUUUCGUGCAUGACUACCCGAUUGUGAUGGGAGCAAUCUUAGUUGCACAGCAACCACUCUCUGUUGCAGCUUGGGAUGUUAUUCUGUCACCUCUCCUGGCAUCGGACAUCAGACAUACAUUAGCUCAACUCGCACCCCUUGUCUCAGGAGUAAGGGAACCUACCAAGCCGAUUUGUAUCUUGCACCAAUCUUUUCGCGACUUUCUCACGGACCGAGUCAAUCCACAAUCACCCAUACUUGAUCUUCCCACUGUGAAAGAUUUAGGGCUAAUUGAGGACUUAUCCCAAAAAUUCAAGCUGCCACCCAUUCCUCAAGAGGCGCUGUCCGAACACGUUCAUUAUGCAUGUCGGCAUUUCGUACAUCAUCUCAGCCAAUCUCAGGGGCCAUUGGAGACACCCAAUGGGCCUAUUCACGCAUUUCUCAAUCAGCAAAUAUCGCGCUGGGUGGAAGUCUGUAUAAGGACGGAAGGGUACAUUAGUAUAUCAUCGUUUCCGGAAUGGGCCAAGUUGAACGUUGAUCAGACCUCCAAAGAAGUCAUUCACAUAUUGGUCAAAGUGCUUGGCAAUGUGAGGAGAAAUCUUGCAUUCUUUUUACGAUUGGAGGAGGCAUAUGAUAUGGCAAGUGAUUCGGUUGCACUGUGCCGUUGCCUUGUGUAUACGGACUCAGAUUCCUACACCCCGGAUUUGGCUCGAGCGCUCCAGCAUCUUCAAAUAUCACUUGACGAAGUUGGACGCCAUUCUGAGGCACUCACAGUAAUCGAAGAAAGUGUGAAACUCUGGCGUGAGCUAGUUGCUACCCAUCCAAUAUCAUACACCCCAGAUUUGGCUCAAGCACUCCUGAAUCUUUUUGUAUCACUUGACAAUAUUGGAUGCCAUUCCAAGGCACUUACAGUGAUCGAAGAAAGUGUGAAACUCCGGCGUGAGCUGGUUGCCACCCAUCCAACAUCAUACACCCCAGAUUUAGCGCGAGCGCUUGGGAAUCUUAAAGUACCACUUGACAAAGUUGGACGCCAUCCCGAGGCGCUCAUGGUGAUCAAAGAAAGUGUGGAACUCUGGCGCGAGCUAGUUGCCACCCAUCCAACAUCAUACACCCCGGAUUUCGCUCGAGCGCUCCAGAAUCUUUUUGUAUCACUCGACAACAUUGGACACCAUUCCGAGGCGCUCAUGGUGAUCGAAGAAAGUGUGAAACUCCGGCGCGAGCUAGUUGCCACCCAUCUAACAUCAUACACCCCGGCUUUGGCUCGAGCUCUCCAGAAUCAUUUUGUAUCACUCUCCAAAGUUGGACAUCAUUCCGAGGCACUCACGGUGAUUGAGGAAAGUGUGGAACUCUGGCGUGAACUAGUUGCCUCCCAUCCAACAUCAUAUGCCCCGGAUUUGGCUCGAGCGCUUGGGCAUCUAGAUGCAUCACUCACCAACCUUGGACGACAUCCUGAUGCACUCCUUGUGAAUGAAGAAAGUGUGAAGCUCUGGCGCGAGCUAGUUGCCAUCCAACCGACAUCGUACACCCCUGAUUUGGCUCAAGCACUCCAGAAUCUUAAAAUAUCACUUGACAAUCUUGGACGCCAUUCCGAGGCGCUGGUCGCAAAUGAAGAAAGCCUUAGACUCCUGCACCAGUAG